CUCCUCCUCUACCUAUAGCAGUCUCUUUCCUCCACCCUCUCCCCUGCACCCAGCUGACAGCAUCUCUCUCUCUCCGGCUCUAGGAUCAGAUCUAAGACUUGGACCGAGUCAGGAUGCCACCCAGCGGGCUGAAGGCAGUGGUGGGAGAAAAGAUAAUGCACGAUGUGAUCCGGAAGGUUAAGAAGAAAGGAGAGUGGAAGGUCCUAGUGGUAGAUCAGCUCAGCACACGUAUGUUGUCGUCAUGCUGCAAGAUGACGGAUAUCAUGACUGAAGGGAUUACAAUUGUUGAAGACAUUAAUAAACGGAGAGAGCCACUUCCCAGCCUGGAGGCGGUGUAUUUAAUCACACCCUCAGAAAAGUCUGUUCACUCCCUCAUCAAUGACUUCAAAGAUCCUCCUUCCGCUAAGUACAAAGCAGCACACGUCUUCUUUACUGACUCUUGUCCAGACAGUCUGUUUAAUGAGCUGGUCAAAUCACGAGCUUCCAAAGUCAUCAAGACUUUGACUGAGAUAAACAUUGCUUUUCUGCCCUACGAGUCACAGGUAUUCUCCUUGGAUUACCCUGACUCCUUCCACAGCUUUUACAGCCCUCACAAGGCUCAGAUGAAGAACCCGAUCCUGGAGCGUCUUGCAGAGCAGCUAGCCACUUUGUGCGCCACCUUAAAAGAGUAUCCGGCUGUACGCUACCGCGGAGAUUACAAAGAUAAUGCAAUGCUUGCACAGCUGAUCCAAGAUAAGCUAGAUGCGUACAAGGCCGAUGAUCCAACUAUGGGGGAGGGUCCGGACAAGGCUCGCUCACAGCUCAUCAUCUUAGAUCGAGGCUUUGAUCCUGCAUCUCCAGUUCUGCACGAACUUACUUUCCAGGCUAUGAGUUACGACCUCCUGCCGGUGGAGAACGAUGUCUACAAGUAUGAGACCAGUGGCAUAGGAGAGAACCGAGUAAAGGAGGUGCUGCUGGAUGAAGACGAUGAGCUCUGGGUGGCUUUGCGUCACAAGCACAUUGCCGAAGUGUCUCAAGAAGUAACUCGCUCUCUAAAGGAUUUCUCAUCCAGCAAAAGGAUGAACACAGGGGACAAGACAACGAUGAGGGAUCUCUCUCAAAUGCUGAAGAAGAUGCCGCAGUAUCAGAAGGAGCUGAGUAAGUACUCAACUCACUUACACCUGGCUGAAGACUGCAUGAAGCACUAUCAGGGAACUGUGGAUAAACUCUGCCGUGUGGAACAGGAUCUUGCGAUGGGCACAGAUGCAGAGGGAGAGAAGAUUAAGGAUCCCAUGCGGGCCAUCGUCCCCAUCCUUCUGGAUGGAAAUGUCAGCACAUAUGAUAAGAUCCGUAUCAUUCUCCUGUACAUCUUCCUUAAGAAUGGGAUCACUGAGGAGAAUCUGAACAAGUUGAUCCAACACGCACAGAUUCCACCAGAGGACAGCGAAAUUAUCACCAAUAUGGGUCAUUUAGGUGUCCCCAUCAUCACUGAUUCCACACUCCGUCGCAGGAGUAAACCAGACCGCAAAGAGAGAAUCAGUGAACAGACCUAUCAACUGUCUCGAUGGACACCAGUCGUAAAAGAUAUCAUGGAGGACACCAUAGAAGACAAACUGGACACCAAACACUACCCGUACAUCUCCACCCGCUCCUCCGCUUCUUUUAGUACCACAGCUGUAAGUGCCCGCUACGGACACUGGCAUAAAAACAAGGCCCCAGGAGAGUAUCGCGCUGGUCCUCGUCUGAUCAUCUUCAUCCUGGGCGGAGCGUGUCUCAGUGAAAUGCGUUGUGCAUAUGAGGUAUCACAAGCCAGCGGCAAGUGGGAGGUCCUCGUAGGCUCCACCCAUAUUCUCACCCCUCAGAAACUCCUGGACGCUCUGAAGAGAAUGAAUAAAACAGAUGAUGAAAUCAGCAGUUAGAUUUCCUUUCUCCCCAAACUGUUAUAGCCCACUUCUCCCGAGACCUCAUUUUACCCCACCCAGCCCAACCACUGGCUGCUGAAGAGCAGAAGAGCAAUAGUCUGCAGUUUAUUCUUUGCCCACGAGCAGAAAGGGAGUUAUUGUCACCCUACCCUACUUCUAACCAAUGCUAUUUUUUGGCCUCUGAGAUAGGCUCCUUAACAUUAAGGCAUGGAUGUACGUUUGGACAUUUUGUAACACCACCCCCUCCUUUUACCCUUUUACCCCUGGCUUUGUGGAGAUUCUGUAUUGUCUGUUCAUCCUGGAAUUUGUAAUGAGCCCAGUGCAUUCUGGGUCUUGUGUUUUGGAUUAUUGACUAUUUUUUCAUGCACUGUAUCCUGGGCCGUGUUCCCUGGAUGUACACCUAUUACACCAUCCAUGCACUGAAUUUUUCUCUGUUGUACAGUUGCGUUGCUUUGCAUUCAGAGCCCUUUUCACUAUGUAGCCUACGAAUGCAACAUAUUCUGGAUUUCUCUAUAUUUUCUCUUUUCCUCAUUUUAUAUAGUUCUAUUUCCCAUAAUGCACUUUGCUUCCAUGUCAUCACUGGACAUGCAAAAAACGCUGUAGAGCUUUGUAGCCUGCAGCAGCCCCCAGUGUUAUAAAGCACAACUGGCAAUGGGGUAAAUAUCUGGUGAUGCCAUUAAUGUCCAACCCUAAGUUUUCCAAUCUUAACACAGUCUAGAUCUAGAAUAUGCUGCAUCCGUACAUGUUUACUCAUAAAGUGUAUGUUUAAUACCACUAUUCUGAAGCAAACCUUCCCAGUACUCUCUCCCACCAACUGAUUUGUUAACUGUUCAGGAAAUGUGUGUAUCUGUAUUUGAGUGAGCUUGACCUGCCUCACCAAUUGGAAAUGAAUGCUUGCAUCCUUAUUGUGUGUAGCGACCUAAAUGUUUGAAUUUAGUUCUGUCUUAUAUAAUAUAUAAAGAGAUAUUUAUGUUUAGAGAUAGAAGGGGUGAGGCUCAGGCUUUGAAUAUGCUAGACUGCAGCCUAAAUCUGUGUGACUCUUAAUUUUUGUAAUAACUGCCUAGUAUUUAAUAUAAAUCAUGUGGUCUAUUUACUAACCUUGGAGGGAGAUAAAGUGGACUGAGUAAAAGUACCAGCCAGUCAGCUCCUAACUGUCCUUUCUCAAACACGGCCUGUGACAUGGCAGUUAGGAGCCGAUUGGCUGGUACUAUAACACCAUCCACGGCUUAGUAAAUAGACCCCUUAAUCCCAGAAUUGAGCGCUGCUCAAUGCCAUUACUUCUGACACGGAACCUUACAUCGGUGUUUGGCUGUAGAUCUAGUAUAUGAGAUAAGCCUAAGGAAGCCAUUUUGUUGGUACAGGAAGUCAGGCCUGUUUGCACUGAAUGCCUGAGGAAACUCUUACAGACCCCAACCCUUUUGAGCCACAUAAAGUUAUUUUACCCUAAAAUGGGCUGCUUGUGAGAGGUCUAGAAAUUCCCCGUGUUGGUGUUGUAAACGGCUAUGCAAUCUGUAAAUGUGUUUAAUGAUUUGCCGUGAAAUUACAUCAUUUCGCUUCAUGCUUGCUCUAGAUGGUUGAAGCCUCUGCUAAUUGAUUAUACAGAUUGAUCAGAAAGCAAAAAUGGAAUAAACCCAUGUUAAACCCUAUAAGAAUGAACGCAGCCUCACUCCUCCAUUUCCUGUAAUAUUUGUUCUGUGAUCCAGUUUGUCAUUUUUGCCUGCAAAUAAAGAGAUUUAAAACAGCA